AUAAUACAUAUCUUUAACAGUCAUCGGCGGCUGUAUUUGGAUUUAAUAGGAAUGGGUUAUUUAGAAUAUGCUGGUCUUCCACACUCUCUACCAACCCUUUUAUUAUUGCUAACCUGUAUAUUUGGACUGUCACUUGGUACGGAACUGGGUUUUGUGACAUGCGGAUCCGUCCUUAAACUGUUAAAUACAAAGCACAAUGUGAGACUACACUCGCACGACGUACGCUACGGCUCCGGUAGCGGUCAGCAGUCUGUAACAGGGGUGACUACAGUGGAAGACAGUAACAGCUACUGGAGUGUCCGUGGGACAAGGGACACCAUGUGCCAUCGUGGCACCCCGGUCAAAUGCGGGCAGAAUAUCCGUCUCACCCAUGUCAACACAGGCCGUAACCUGCACAGCCACUACUUCGCCUCCCCGCUGUCCUCUAACCAGGAAGUGAGUGCAUUUGGCGACGAAGGGGAAGGGGACCACCUGGACGAGUGGACGGUUCAGUGUGGGGGAUCCGUAUGGAAGCGCGAGGAGGCCGUCCGCUUCCGUCACAAGUCCACUGAUGCACUACUGUCAGUGACAGGGGAGCAGUACGGACGGCCGAUACACGGUCAGAGGGAAGUUCACGCCAUGUCGACCCCCAGCCAGCACAGCCUGUGGAAGGCCAUGGAGGGCAUCUUUAUGAAGCCCAGCGAGAACCUGGCAGGCAGCCGAGACUACAGUCACCUACACACGGAGUUCUGAACACGACUUUUCUUCUUUGUUUCCGUCACUUCCCAUUGUCCUCUCUGUCUACCAUCGUAUUCCUACCUCUGUCCCUAAUUACACAUGUUCCAGCAACCUCUUGUCUCAUUGUCCUCUCCCAUCACCUUUUGACUAUCAUCUUUUGAGGAGACUGUGCCAAAGUCUGUCAUGGAUCAGGGUGCAAUAACUUGAUCUUAUCAAUCCAUACCAACCUCUCUCAUUCAUUGAGUUUUAUGAAACACAACUUGAAUCCUCAAAAAUCUAGCAGCUACACGCAAGAGCGCAAAUAACAUUUGACUAGAGUUAUAGUUUGUCUUAAGGUACAAGGAGACAUAAAGGUAUUAAAAAUGCUGUUUUACUGUACAAACACACAUUUUUAUCACAGUUUUGACGCUUUACAUCCUCUCAGCUGUUCUUUUUUGUUAAAUAACUGGCAUCAUCAGUCACACCACAACACAGCAGGCAGGUAUUGCAGAUAAGUAUUAAUUCAUCAAGUGAGUCUUAUGCUUUGUUGGAUUUAAAAAAAACAUUGUUACACUUGUGCCUUUAUCCUUUUUAGGUGUUUAAGCUGCGGAGCCUUUUAAACUUUUGGAAACAAGAAUUUUAUUGUGUUUUAUGGUAUUUGUAAGCCAUAUUAUACUCAAUGGAUAAACAGUAUUACCUUUGUAAAUUACCUUUUUUUCCCCCUUGAAGUCUAAUUAAGUGUUUCAUAUAAAUUAUUUACCACUAACUGACAAGACAGAAUAAGCAGUUUUUUCCUUCGGAGGUGUUUUUCUAUAUGUACAUCAUUGAACUGGAUGCUGUUUGUUGGUUUGAUCAGUUUCUAAGUGCUGGGAGAAAGUACAGUAUUUUACAUUCAUGCUGUCUGUGCAUGCAUCCGUGUUAUAUCAACUCUUUGUUCGAGAGGUUCAUGUGAGCAACAAACAUGCAAUGAAUACCUCAUAUUAAAGAGAUUUUUUUGCA